CGCGGCUUCCGCUUCCGCUUCCGAUGAUCAGCCGCAGCAGCGCUGUGGGGCGGCCGUCGCCACCAGCUUUGACCACUUGCCGGCCGACCAUGAGGCGCUGUGUUGUUUGCCUGUGAUGCGGGAUCCGCGGCGGGGUGUGGGGGCGGAGGCUGCCGAUGCUGCCGGCGGUGGUAGCGGUGCUGGCGGUACUGGUGGUGGUGGCGGUGAUGGUGGUGGUGCUGGCCACGGUGGUGGUGGCGGCGACGAUGAGGUGCUGGGGAGCCGGUUUUUGCACCGCGAGCUAGUCCGUGCGUGGACCGAUCGGAACGUGUUCGUGCUGGGACAGAAGGCGAGCCGGGUCGGGCCGCUUUCAGACCCGAUAUACGGGGAGGCGUUCAAAGUGAUGGUGCUUCUGAGGGAGAUGGGAGAGGACGGCGAUGUUGGCCGGGUCGUGCCGUUCGAGGAUGACUAUGUCGACGCGGUCGGGCGGGUGUUUGGCAUGGAUGGCCGGGAGAAGGCGGCGUUGCCGUCCCUUGAGCAAGCGGGCCGGCCGCAGUAUGUGUUCCAGAGGCUGCGCCAUCUGGUGGUGAAUACCGUGCCGGCGCUGGCGAAGCUGGAGGCACCAGACUUCGGCACCGCGCCCAGCGCGUGGGACGCUGCCGCCGUUCUCAACAUGAUCUACAUCGACGAGAGGCUGGACUAUGAGCGCCGCGCGAACCUGCUGCUCAGGUGGGGCGCAAUGGAGCGGCUUGAGUCGCUCUGCCUCGACCUGAGGGGCUACAGCCUGCCGAACACGAAGUACCUCUUCGACGAGGACAUUGUGAGGCUCGCGUCGUCGCUUUCCGAGAAGGGCCUGAGCCUGUUAGUCAUUGCCGGGUUGAGGUCGUAUAGGUAUUACGGCAACCCAGACCCGCUGACCAUUGAGGAGGUUGAGCGAGGAUCGUGGGACGCCAGAAGGAAAGCGUGGGUGGAUGAGGAAAGGGGGCGGCGCAUCAAUUGGUGGAAGAUGUUCAAGGGCGCAGUUAGGCCCGGAGGGCGCCUUGUCUUCGUCGACAAGGAUGGUGAUGACGGCAACGGAUGGAGGCCGCUGCGCCCUGUUGAUCGGCCCAGAGCGAUGCAGGGCAGUUGAGGCGCAUUGCACAAGCCUCUACGUCUCUCUGCAGGCCUCGGAAUGUUUAU